AUGGCUAGGGGUGGUUCUCUAGUGGACGAGGCCGGCGACGCACGCCACCGCCGCCGUGUGGGCGCCCGCGGACCCGCCGCCCGCGCCGCGCCGCGCCAGCGCCCCGCGCCUGCCCACGCACGUCCGCCCCACGUACUACAGGCGGCGCGCAACGUGACGCUGAACGUGAACGAGCUGGAGGUGGAGCUGGCGUCGGCAGCGCUGCUGGAGCUGCCCGAGGGCGCCGAGGAGGGCGCGGAGCUGCCGCACGGCGACCCCGUGGUGGUGCGCGGCUUCAGCCUGCACAGCGACCACCAGACGCUGACGGUGCUGCUGAUGCGCGAGCUGGCCGCCGGCCGCCGCUACGUGCUCUACCUGCGCUACACCGCCCACCUCAACGACCUGCUGCAGGGCUUCUACCGCAGCAGCUACUCGGACCUGGUGGGCCAGGUGUCGACGCUGGGGUCGUCGCAGCGCAAGAGCGCCAUCACCAGCCGCGACGUGCAGUUCCGCGUGUGGUCGCGGCGCGCCGCCGCCCCGCACACGCGCUACGCCGCCCGCUUCGGCCCCCGCGCGCUGCGCUUCCUCGAGGACUACUUCGCGCUGCCCUUCCCGCUGCCCAAGCAGGACAUGGUGGCCGUGCCCGACUUCGGCUUCAGCGCCAUGGAGAACUGGGGGCUCAUCACCUUCCGAGAAUCAGCGAUGCUGUUUGAUGCAAAUUCAUCUACAGAAGCAAACAAAGAACAAGUCGCCUACGUAAUAGGUCAUGAGAUAUCUCAUCAGUGGUUUGGAAACUUGGUAACACCCAAAUGGUGGAAUGAUUUGUGGCUUAAGGAAGGGUUUGCAACAUACAUGGGAUAUAAAGCCACUGCAUACGUAGAACCCACUUGGAGAGUAGAGCACCAGUUUAUUAACAAAAUCCUACACAAUGUGUUUGCUUUGGAUGCACUAGAAUCAUCUCAUCCAAUUUCAGUUCCAGUGGACCAUCCUGACCAAAUACGCCAAAUUUUCGAUUCAAUUUCCUAUGAGAAAGGAGCGUCUCUUAUACGAAUGAUGAGUCAUUUUCUGGGUGAAGAUACAUUUCGGUCUGGGCUUUCUAACUACCUGGAGGAAUUUAAAUAUAGCAAUACCCAACAAGACGACUUAUGGGAAUCACUAACAACUCAAGCCCAUCUUGAUGGCUCAUUACCUACACAUGUGACUGUCGAUAGAAUCAUGGACACGUGGACUCUGCAAGUUGGAUAUCCCGUUGUAAAUGUAAUGCGAGAUUACAACAAAAAUGCAGCAACUAUUUCACAGCAAAUAUUUCUCCUGAAUGGUGAAAUAGAGAUAAUGAAAAAUUAUAUAAUGCCAACUUGGUGGGUUCCAUUGACCUUUACAACACAAGACAACCCUGAUUUCAAUACCACAAGGCCACGUUUUUGGUUAGAGAACACACCUUCUGUUGACAUUGAAGGGCUUCCAGAUGAAAAUAGUUGGAUACUUUUCAAUCUUCAACAAACAGGUUAUUACAGAGUCAAUUAUGAUAAUCACAACUGGGGACUUUUGACUAACGAGUUUCUGCAUCUCCCUGAUGUUACUAGAAUGCAACUCUUAGAUGAUGCAUUCAAUCUAGCUCGUGCAGGUCAUCUUUCAUAUGCUAUUGCAUUGAACCUAACUAAACAGUUAUCCAAUGAUGAAGAAUACUUACCAUGGGCAGCUGCAACACCAGUUCUUGGUUACUUGAAAGAUAUGUUGGCUUUAAGCCCAAUUUAUGGAAAUUUCAAGACAAUGGUACUUAAAACCCUAGAAAAUCUCUAUAACAAAUUGGAAUUUGAUGAACGGGCUUCUGAUACUCAUUUAGAGAGGCUGAAUAGAGUAAAUAUUUUAGAGUGGGCCUGCAAUCUUGGUCAAGAACAGUGUGUAUGGCACGCUCGAGCAAAGUUUCGUUUGUGGAUGUCCCAGGAUAAUCGCAAAAUUACAGAUAACCCGAUUUCACCAAACCAAAAGGCUGUGGUUUACUGCACAGCAAUUAAAUAUGGAGGAAAUGAUGAAUGGGAUUUUGCUUGGAAGAAAUAUUUGUCAGCCAACUUAGGAUCAGAAAAAGAAACACUUUUGGAUGCUUUAGGCUGCAGCAGCCAACCAUGGCUGUUAAAUAGGUACCUUAAUUGGAUGCUCUCUAAUGAUUCCGGUAUUCGCAAACAAGAUGGGCCUCGUGUGUUUAAUUCAGUUUCACAAAAUGUCAUGGGUCAUUCUCUGGCAUUCAAUUUCCUACGAAAUAAUUGGGAAGAUAUUUUGGACUAUUACGGAUUGGCAUUUGCCCGAGUAUCAAGCAUGGUUUCUUCUUUAGCAACUUACAUGAACACUCAGCUGCAAUUAGAAGAGCUUAUGAAGUUCCGUGAAGAAAAUGCUGGAAAUUUGGGGACAACAGAUCUCGCCUUCAAGCAGACUAUUGAGAAAGUGAAGUCUAACAUUCGGUGGAUGGAGAAAAGUGUAGAGAAGAUGACAGUUCUUGUUGGAGAGAAUGCAGUGGAUGAGUCUUGUGGUCCGCCGAGAAAGAAAUUUCGCCUCUGUUUGUCUUCACGUUAUUCUCAAGUGCGAACUUCUCAUGAGAAUACAACUUCAGUAAAAGGUGCAAUGUUGAACGGUUACAUUCCUACCGAUGGGCAUAAUAAAAGCUCAACGGACGACAGUCCGGUGAGCGAUGGUACAGGUUGUUCACCAGUAGCAACACUAUGCAAUUUAGGAAACACCUGCUUUCUCAAUAGUGUAAUUUACACUUUGAGAUUUGCUCCAGCAUUUCUUCACAAUUUGCAUCACCUUGUUGUAGACUUAGCUGAUGUAUCUGCCAAACAACAGCAGGUUAAGGCAAAGUCUUCCUCUUUGGGGCGAAAUAUGGGCAGUAGUAGCAAGAGCUGGAGCAGCAAAGAUUUAUUAUCAUUAGGGAGUUCUACCAGCUCUAAUGACACCCAAGGCAAGUCACGCAUACAGGUUGCCACUGAACGGCUCCAUGAACUCUACGUAGCCUUACAUACGUCAGAAGUAAAGGAAAAUUGUGAUCCAUUUCAACCUGAUGUCUUCCUUCAUGCUCUCAGGGAAGUGAACCCAAUAUUUGAAGGUAAUCAGCAACAUGAUGCUCACGAACUGUUAGUGUGUUUGUUGGAUAACAUACGGGAAACAUGUCGACUGUUGGCCAACCAAAUGGAGACCCGUCAGACUAUGGAAGCUGCAGAUAGUCCGGAGAAUUUAGAUAUUGAACCCAAAAUAUCUGGGGCUGCCACACUUCCUCCUCCUAGCAAAUCUUGGGGGGGUGUCCGAAAAUCAUGGAAGAAGAGAAAAAAUACUUCAUCACAGAUUAAAAACACUAGUAACGGGCUUAGCAAUGGUAUUACUUCCAGUGUCAAAGACCUUCCUAGCCAAGACUCGACUGUACCGCUUGUCAAUGGUGGCACAGGUUCUCAUCAGACUUUAACAGGAAUUUCAGAAUUUAAUCAAGUGCAAUCUCCACCUGUUUCAUCAUCAUCAGACAACAUAAAAACUGAGACAGGUGUCCCAGAAUCUGAUAAAGAUUCGAAGAAACAGAAUGUGGGUUAUAAUUUUGUCGCAGAUGAUUUUGAGGGUGUUGCUGUCCUUCGUACUACUUGUUUAGAAUGUGAACAUGUGACAGAGAGAAAAGAGACUUUUUGUGACAUAUGUGUUCCUAUAAUCACUGAGCAAGAAACUGAAAAGGGAGAAAUACCUCGGGUUAGUGAAGUUUACCAGGCAGCAAUAGUCACUAGUGAAAAUUUGCGUGACCUCAACAAAUAUUGGUGUGAACAGUGUCUGCGAUAUAAUGAAGCUUGUCGUUCUGUUCGCUAUGAAACUUUGCCCCGGCUUUUAGUGUUACAGCUGAAACGAUUUUCUUCUACUUUUGGGUCCAUGGUGUGUAUGUCAAAGGUAAAUGACUAUAUGCCCACCCCCUUGAAACUAGCCUGUUUUUGUGAAAAUUGCUGUUCCCUCCCUGAAGAGCAAAGGCCACAUCAGUAUCAACUGUAUGGUGUUAUAAUGCACUUAGGUGCUACAAUUGCUUCUGGUCAUUAUGUUGCUUAUGUUAAAGCUUCUGAAAACUAUUUUGACUAUUGUCAUUGUGGUCGAGACAAGAGGAAAAUACCCAGUUUAAGUUCAGGUAGUGGAAAGAGCAGUGGUGGUUCGGGGGAUAAAAUGGGGGGAAUACUUAAGUUUUUUCGACCUAAGUCAAGUAGCAGUGGUGUAGAUGUAGCUUCAAAAAACUUGGGUAAUAGUGCUGGUAACAGUCUUUCAAAUCGCAACACUUGUCGUAGUCUUGACUGCUGUGGGGUAAAAUUAAACAGUUCUUUAAUUGGUAUGCACAUGAUGAAUGGGUGUGGAGAACUGAUUGGCCAUGGAUAUUCUUCUAAAGACAAAGAUAGUUUGAACCCACUGAAGGCAUUGAACAGCCUUCCUGCUGAAGGAGUGUCAUCUUCAACUGAUGCCUCUGUACCUGAACCACUUUGGUUAGAAUGUGAUGAUGAUACAGUUCGACUUUUGACUCGCAAAGAAUUUGAGGAUGUGUUAGCUCCAAAACCUUCAAAGAAUUCGGCCUUAACACCAUAUCUACUGUUCUACUCUAGAGUGUAAUGAUGAUGGCUGUGCCAUUUUUUAUUUUAAAGGUGGGUGAGUCAAGCUUCGGGAGGGAGUUGCCAAGAACAAAAUGUGAACAUGGUGCAGAAAGUGUUUGCUUCACUUAUGUAACCAUUUUGUGAAUGUUGGGUAUGUUUAUCCCUUGUAUGCAUGUAGAUUUUGUAUAUAUACGUGAGUGGCCUGGUGAGUAUGUUCUAACAGGGGGUGCAAAAUUAGUGUGAUUUGUGGAAAUGAGAAGUAUUUAUGAAACAUGCUAAUGAGGAAGGAAAAUUUGUGAUGGAACUCUUUGCGCUUUUAUUUUAGGUAAAAUAUUUGAUUAAUUAACAGACUCAUUUAGGCAUGUGCAUAAUUUUCAAUUAUCCAUUCAUUGAAUGUGUUGAAGUAAUAUGUGAACAGUUAUCUUGUAUGCUGCUCUUAAUUUGGUGGCUUGUAUUUAAAUUUUGCUUUGCUCAUAUCAUAAUCAAAAUAUGUUUAUAUUUGUUAUUGUUAGUUUUAUAAAUGAAAAUGUUACUUGUUUGAAUUGUAUAUUGUUAAUAUGUCUGAAUGUAAUUGUAAUGAGAAAUUAGAAACGUUUGUAAAUAGAUAGUCAUUUGUGCUACUGAUAGCACUGAAAAUAUUUUAAGAAAGUAAUAUACUUUAUUAGUAACUACUACUAUUGGCUUCCAUUGUUCAUUGAGUGGAUAUUAUACAGGAAAUGUUUGUUAGUUUCCAUAUAGGGGUCACUGAAGUUACCUAGCUAUUCGCCUGAUGUACUAAAGAAAAUGCAAUUCAUGUCUGGUUUUGUCCUUUGUUCUAAACUUUUAUUUUUUUAAGAUGAGAAUCGAUAGUCACUAGUUCAACUAAAAUCCAUGUAGUGGAGCUGAAUAUUGUGCAAGGCGCAAACUGGAAACAAAACAGAAAGAAUUUGUUUUUCCAAAUGUUUGUUAUCUUUUGUUAGAAAUUGAUAAAAUGUUGUUAUAACAUGUUAUUAAUUUUUUUUACAGUUUGGAACAAAAUUUUGAUUUUUAUUUUUAAUUUGUACAUUUUAUGGAUUGCUGUAUUACUUUUGUGAAAUGAGCUUGUGGCAGCUAUUUUUUUUUUCUUUUUUUUCCCUCGACUGAUAAUGUCUUAAACAGUGCAUUUUCUCCUUUCAGAAAUAUUAAUUUAAAGUUUCUGUGAUCCAGUGCUGAUAGAGUAAAAUAACAUUAUGGAAAAAAGUAUGAUCGAUGUUUUAUCACAGCUUAGAAAUUGCAUUUUAAAGGUAACUCUGGCAUAUAUAGAGCGGGACGUUGACAUUACUUCUGAAAUUUACAUUUUGUGAAUAUUUCAUCUGACUUCUUAUUCUUAAUCUAACAAGAAGUUCAAAUUUGUUCUUCACAGGCAAUUAGUUUUGGUGUCUAGGCUAUUCUUGGAGAGUUUUAAAAAAAUAUGUAUUCUCCAUUAGUGUAAAACAUUUAAGUAAUCUUGUAAAUUCUUUUUUAAAAUUUUUUUAAUGAUUGUGUACUGUAUCACAGAAAAUUUCUGACACACAAUUUAUUUAUUAUCUCAUUUCUUGAUGCCAAUAACCUAUUUUUAUAAAAAGCAUCUUCUGAUCUAUGAAUAUUCCAAGUGUUGUGCUGUAUCAGUUGUAAAAUGAUACAAUUAUAAGGCAUUCAAGGAAUGUACUGGCCAAUAACUUUGUAUAUUUUUUGUAAUGUUACAUUCCAUAUUUGCAUUUGAUUGAACUAUGCUAAUUGUAGUUAUUUUAUUCAUAUGUAAUGAAAUGUGUUGUUUCUGGGAGAGGGGGAUGAGACUGUUCUGGCAAAUACAGCAAUAAGACUCACACUAAGAUCCGAGAAAUUUGUUUUAUAAGGCAUUAAAACAUUUAAGUACAAUAAAAAUAGUGACUAGAAUUGAUGUGAACUAAAAUAUUAUCACACUAUAAAUCUGUGUGCUCUGUUAAAUGCCUAGUUUUACAUUUCACUGCCUGAAAUAAAUGACCCUGGAAGUUUCCUUACACUUCAUUUGUGGCAUUUUUCAGCUGCCAUUGUUUUCCUUAUAUAUUACAUUAAUAAUGCAAUCAACAGUAUUAUAUAGAGAGAUAAAGGUAUUUUAAUAUGCACUGCAUUGGUAUUUUGCCUGUACCAAAGGCAAAAGUUCUUGUAGAGAAAAUGCAGUAUGUUCAAGUCGCUUUAACUUCAAAACAUAUUUGAAAAUGUACUUUAUAUAUAGUGUUUUGCUUUGGAAUGAACAGAAGAAUGAUGAAUAUCAUUAAUUGAAACUGGCUGCCGUUUGGGAUUGCUACUAUAAGAUUUUUUGAUUACUUUCCACUGUUUCAGAUUUGUUUUUACAUUUUCUAUGUAUUACAAUAUACAUAACCAUGACCUCUGCCAGAAAUAAAGUAGCUUCAUAUGAUAAAUAUGUAGUUUAAAUCCAACAUAUUGAUCCUGUGACAGUAUUGGUAUACUGUCUAGUUCUCUUGAAACUCCUGCCCAUAAAUGUUUCUACUGCUUGCUUUUUGAUACUUCAAAACCAAAUAAAGGUUUCUUUGCUUUAUUCCAGUUUAUUGCUCUUCCUAAAGUUAAUUUUCAAUUACUUCAGUAUUUCAAAUGGAUGUUGAAAAAUUUUGGGGGGUCUUCGUUUUAAG